AUGGGAAAUCAACAAUCAAACGAAAAUACGAGAAAAAGUAUAAUAAUAACAAGAACCGUAGCAAAAGAAGGUAGAGUGAUGGACGAAAAUCAAAAAUAUAUAGACCUUGCUAAUUCCGAACCUUACAAUAACGAAAGAUUUAAUGAAAUAUUUGGACCAAAAGGUGUAUUUCCAUUGGACUUUACUUACACAAUCAAGCACAGUCAUACAAAAACUUUUGGUGUUGGAGAGUUUAAAGAUUUGAUGGGGGAUAAAGAAGUGGAAGAGGAAAAUUCUUUUGUCAUUGAGUUAUUAGAAAAUAAAAAAAUAUUAUUAGGAAAGACUGUGCUCGAUGAGUUUGCCUGUGGCGGCACCGGACUUUACGCGACUUCUGGACCAGUUUUUAAUCCUUAUAAUUCUUUUUGUAUAGGUCGUGCGGAAGAAGCCAUAGGGAUAACACCAGCCCGCGAAAGUAAACCAUACGAAGAAUCCCCGGUAUCAUGUCCCAAAGCAAAGGGAGCCAAGCCUUUGGCUACUACUCAGGCUGAACCCGAAGAAGAACCACCCACUAUACAAAAAGAAUUAUAA